GCCUAUGAAGGCAGCACGUGAACGUCAACAAAUGCCUCGCGCUCUAAACCAGGGAUAACGGAGCCAGUCUGUAAACGUAAUAAAAAGUGAGCUGCACUACGAUUAUAAAUUAACAAAAUGGCUGCUCAAACCUACAUUGCCAUCUGUGAGCUGCAUCCCAAUUUCUCUCACCCGGUGAGUACAGAUGGCUUUCAGAAAGUGGCAGGGAUCAUUAUUUGGAAAACUGAUGUCAAAAGCUUCCCUGAUAGAAAAAAUAUUGGUGUAGACAGGUUCACUUUUAGCUUCACCAUAAAGGACUCACCUGACUUCUACAUUAAUGUGGCAGCCUGGGGAAGCAGUGGAUAUAUCAAUGAGCUCUUAAACAGCUUCAGCAUUGGAGACUGUGUCACCAUUGAAAAUCCUUUGGUUGCCAUCAAAGACCCAGAGAAAGGGGACAGAUUCUGUCCUAUGACACCAAGCCUAUACAGGCUGCUGGUGACGGAGGCUCAUUCCCAGGUGUGUCUGUGUGCUGACAUGGACACCAUCGACAGACUUCUGACACUGAUCCACCUGCCAGUGAAGGACUCCAGAGAUUUCUACUCUCUGGGAGACAUAGUGGCCAACGGACAGAAGCUGGAUGGCACAGUGAUAAAUGUACUGGCAGCAGUGAGAUCGAUCGGAGUGCCAAAGCAGUUCACCACUUCAGAUGGCCGUAGAGGGCAGAGGCUGGAAGUGAAGCUCUUUGAUGAUUCGGUCUCCUCCUUCCCCCUUAUCUGCUGGGACAGAGAAGCCAUUCAACUCGUGCAAACUGCGAUACCCAAGGAGACGGUGCUCUUCAUAGCUGAUGUAAAGAUUAGCUUUGACAGCUUUCGCAAUGGCAUGACAGCAACUGUUAACUCGAAAACCAUUAUCACUGUCAAUCCUGACACCAGGGAGGCCAGCCUGCUGUUCAGCUAUGCUAAAGAGGUGUCUGAGUCUGGAGCUCUGGAUCAAGAUGAGGAUGUGCCUGUGGAUUUCAUCACCGAUGUGUACACAGUGAGCCAGCUGAAGCAGAAGGCCCAGGAGAGCCCUGAGGCUUUCUUUGGCAUCAUGUACAGCUUCAUCUCCAAGCUCGACCUUGACUCUUCUGUUUCAAAAGUCAUCAGGACACGGUGUUCCAGGUGUAAGUUCCAGGUGACUGAGGACAUGCAGGUUUGCACCAACCAGUUGUGUCCAGGGAGGGAACAGACCCUUUCAGUCACCACAGGCUUUGACCUGCUGGUGGACUUCACAGACCACACAGAUUCCUGCACCCUUAGAACCCCAGUGGCAGAGAAUACACUUGGCUGCACAACAGAGGAGUUUACCAGGUUAACUGAUGACGAGCGGACUGCAGUGAAAUGGAAAUUUCUUUUGGAGAGAUGCAAAAUAUAUGUGAAGAUCUUUCCUACCACUAAGCUGAGGACUGGGAUCAGGGGGAGUGUCCUGGCCUGCUCACUGGCCGACCCAGGAGAGGUUAAACAGCACAUGUCUGCCCUGCUGUAGUGACUGUGGACAGCACAUACGCACACUGACCAAGCAGGAAAGCACAUAUGUUGCAGUGAUAGUUGUCUGCUUCACCUGCUUUUUGGUACAAACUGUUCUGAUUAAGAUUAGGAUGCUUACAUGGCAGACUUCAUUUACACAUAUGGCCUUGUGUUUUGUGGAUUGAUACACUCUCUGCAAUAUUUAUUUAUUUAACUUAUUUAUCUAAUGUAUUUAUUAAAGAAUGCAUUUAUGGUUUGAUUGCUUUGUAAAACAUUUGAACUAAUUUCUAAAAAUAAACUUUUAUUGUUUCA